AUGAUGGCUCGCGCGCCGCCCUUGAUCGGACCCAGGCACUCGUCGUCGGCACCAACAAGUAUGGACGUUCCGAGUGGGCUCUUCGCGGCUGUCGCCGACGCCGACGCCAUUCACGCCCAUCUGCAUCACGACUGGAAGGUCCCUGGCGGCCAGAUCGUCAACCUACGCGAUAAAGCUGCGACAUACGAGGUCCACAGCGGAGAUCAAAGCUCUGAGCGCGCGCCCGGGACUCCUCUUCUCGACGAGCUCCUGCGCUCACUCGUUCAAGCAAACGGCACCGGCGCCAACAUUACUGUCGUACUUGACUGGUGUCCUCAUAAAGACGCACCGGGACAGUGGAUGCCAUUGGAUGGAUUUUGGAACGGAACUGGCUAUAGACCUUAUGCUAUGCUUAUUGCAGCGAAGGAUAACGAGCUUGGGAAACGAGGGUUCAGGUCAGCGAACAGCUUCGAAAAGGGGAACUAG